CGGACAUUGUUCUUUCUCCGGUUCGUGCGUAUCAAAACUCUGCAUGGUCCAUACAUAAUACGCUGUGCGUUGCAUAGUGCCACCACCCCGCAUUCUCAUUUAUAUAGCUUCCCCUCCUCUUGUACCUCCCACUCACCAACCACAUACCUCUUCUAUACACAAUGUCUCUUUUCCUCCGUGCUCAGCGACUCCGGGCACCGGCCCUCGCCCGUUCUAUGGGCUCUUAUGCCACAUUCAAAGCCCCCACUGUUAACAACGAGCCUAACAAGACAUACGCCCCCGGCACCCCCGACAGAAAGUCGCUCCAAGAUGCUCUGGCCAAGUACAAGCAGAACGGCCCUCUGAACGUUCCUCUCGUCAUCGCCGGCCAGACAAUCAAGCCUUCGUCUCCUCUCACUCAAUCCGACCCCUCCACACACGCUCCCCUCGCCUCCUACUCCAACGCCACUUCUGAACAAGUCCAAAAAGCAGUUGACUCUGCUCUGGCGGCCCGCGAAUCAUGGGCCUCUACCUCGUUCGCAGACCGUGCCAGUAUCUUCCUCAAGGCUGCCGAUCUCAUAGCUCAUAAGUACCGCUACGAUGUUAUGGCCUUGACCAUGCACGGCCAGGGCAAGAACGCCUUCCAGGCUGAGAUUGACUCUGCUGCGGAGCUCUGCGACUUCUUGCGCUUUGGCGUCAAGUACGCUGAGGAGCUCUACGCUCAGCAGCCUUCCCACAAUGCUCCUGGUGUUUGGAACCGUGUCGAGUACCGUCCCCUCGAAGGUUUCGUCUACGCCGUCAGCCCCUUCAACUUCACUGCUAUUGGUGGUAACUUGGCUGCUGCCCCUGCUCUGAUGGGUAACGUUGUUAUCUGGAAGCCUUCGCCUUCUGCCAUUGCCUCCAACCACCUCGUCCACGAGAUUCUCGUCGAGGCCGGUCUCCCCCGCGACGUCAUCCAGUUCGUCCCUGGUGAGGCUGAGGAGGUUACCAACGUUGUGCUGAACCAUCGCGAAUUCGCCGCAUUGCACUUCACCGGUAGCACUUCUGUCUUCCGCAGUCUGUACGGCCAGAUCGCCCAGGGUGUCGCCCAGGGUAAGUACCGCAGCUACCCCCGCAUCGUCGGUGAAACUGGUGGCAAGAACUUCCACCUCGUGCACAAGACUGCCGACAUCCGCAACGCCGCCGUCCAGACCGUCCGCGGUGCCUUUGAAUUCCAGGGCCAGAAGUGCAGCGCCACCUCGCGCGCCUACAUUCCCGCCUCGCGCGCUGAGGAGUUCCUCUCCCAGGUCGCUGCUGAGACUAAUGCCCUUAAGCAGGGUGAGCCGUCUGACUUCACCAACUUCUGCGGCCCCGUGAUCCACGAGGGUUCGUUCAACAAACUCGCCGGCGUCAUCGACGAGGCCAACAAGGACCCCGAGCUUGAGCUCCUUGCCGGUGGUUCCUACGACUCCUCCAAGGGCUGGUACAUUAAGCCCACCGUCUACCGCACCACCAACCCCGACCACCCCCUUCUCUCCCGCGAACUCUUUGGCCCCGUCCUCGUCGUCUACGCCUACCCCGACGCCACCGAGGAGGACUUCUCGCGCAUCUGCCAGAAGAUCGACAACACCAGCGAAUACGGCCUGACGGGCUCCAUCUUCGCGCAGGACCGUGAUGUCAUCACCCGCGCCAGCGACGCCCUCCGCAACACCGCCGGUAACUUCUACAUCAACUGCAAGAGCACCGGUGCCGUUGUCGGCCAGCAGCCCUUCGGCGGUGCGCGUGCCAGUGGUACGAACGACAAGGCCGGCAGUGCUAACUUGCUGAGCCGGUUUGUGUCGCUGAGAUCUGUCAAGGAGGAGUUUGUGCCGACGUACUCGGUUGGAUACCCCAGCAAUGCUUAGUUUGCCUUUGAUGAAAUAACGAUACCUGUACUGCAUAACUAUGUAUAUAUCUAAUAGCAUUAUCCUUUUCUACUGUUCGCCACACUCGUGCGCUCACUAUUCCCGAUCUGUAGAACACUUCCUCAAAAACCGCUGCAUACUCUCCAUCGCAUUCUCCGCAUACCCAUUCAUCUCAUACUCCCUCCCUUUGCCAUCCGGCCCGCCAUCAAAAAUCUCCAUCGAAAACCACCCCCUAAACCCAGUCUUUAGCACCCCCUUCGCUACCUCUUCAAUAGGCAAAUACCCCCCAUCAUACGGCAUCGGUCUAAAAUCAUGACUCCACCUUCCCCUCGGCCUCAACCCCUUAACAGUCUUCUCAGAAAGCGGUUCCGGCGGCUUAUACGCAUCGCUAAUCUGCAACAGAUAAAUCUUGUCCGCAGGCACCGUCCGUGCCAACUC